AUGAAUGUGAAAGAUUCAGAAAACAUGAAGUUCCUGCAGAUAAAAGUACGGAAGGAUGGAAAACCCGUUGGAAUUUUCUACAAGCCACACCAGACAAAUGCACAAAAGAAUCAGAAGAAAAAGAAGAGAUUCCGACGAAAUGCGGACGAGAUCAUUGAAAUUGUUGGAACUCGAGAACAUGACAAUGAACAUGAUAAGAAAAAUAUUUACAGAAACGCAAUGAUUAAACUGUCAAUGAGUCUAUUAUUGAUCACAUUUAUAAUAGCAUGCUCAAAAUCAGAAGAAGCACCAGAAGAUCCAACAAAGAAGGAAAAAGCAAUUGCAGAAGCAAAAGUUGACUUUACAGAUGGAAUUGAAAUGCAAAUUAAGAAGGUGACGAGUGCAGAUGGAAAGGAGAUCAGCAUCUUGAUUAAAAAGGAAGUUCUACCUGACUCAAUGGCCCCGAAUUCUGAUGCACCAAAGAGGAAGCGAAGGGAUGUUGCUGAUAAUGUCUUGGAUUUAGAAAAGUUGAAGAACGACAACAACUAUAAGUUGGAAAAGAUCAAGGAUGCUGAAGGAAAUGAAAUUGAGGUUUAUGUUUUGGAUGUGCUUGAACAGGAAAAUCAAAGAAAAUGA